CGCACGGCUUCCCAAAGCCCCGCGUCUCCUAUUGGGCCCUGUCUGUGCACUGUCGUAAUUGCUCGGUGACAAGUGGAGAUGAAGGAAUAAUUGUCAGGAGAUAGGGGUCUUUUUUUUUUUUUUAAAUGGGUGCACUGCCGAUUUAAGUAUGCAUGAGCGACGCGUGAGGGACGGGGCCAAAGAGGCGCUUGUUUAUGAUGCGAGUCUGUAUAAACACAGUUGGAGUGAUGACACUGAUAAUAGCACGCUCUUCCCUGUGACGCCCGACUCUCCGCGAAACACCCUCUCCAGCCUGCUGUCCCACACCGCUCACCUGCAGGCCCUACAAGCAGCAAGGCAAUUACUCCUACAGCAACCAGGCAGUGGCCUGAAAUCUCCAAAGAACAACGACAAACAGCGUCCGUUGCAGGUGCCAGUGUCUGUGGCAAUGAUGAGUCCACAGGUGAUCACACCCCAACAGAUGCAGCAGAUCCUUCAACAGCAGGUCCUUUCCCCCCAACAGCUUCAAGCCCUCCUACAACAACAACAAGCAGUCAUGCUUCAGCAGCAACACCUGCAAGAGUAUUAUAAGAAACAACAGGAACAACUCCAUCUACAGCUUUUGCAGCAACAGCACCCAGGAAAACAAGUGAAAGAGCAACAGCAGCAGCAGCAGCAGCAGUUGGCGGCACAGCAGCUGGUCUUUCAGCAGCAGCUCUUGCAAAUGCAGCAACUGCAGCAGCAGCAGCAUCUGCUCAACAUGCAGAGGCAGGGCCUCCUCUCUCUGCCCCCCGGCCCAGGACAGCCCACCCUCCCCGGACAGACUCUGCCGCCAGCUGGUCUGAGCCCCGCUGAACUCCAGCAACUUUGGAAAGACGUCACCAGUAGCCACGCCAUGGAGGACAAUGGGCUAAAACACAGCGGUCUGGACCUGAGCACCACCAACAACUCGUCCACUACCUCCACCAGCAACCCCAAAGCUUCUCCGCCCAUCACCCAUCACGGCAUCUCCAACGGCCAGUCCCCGGCCCUCAACAACCGGAGAGAGAGUUCAUUGCAUGAAGAGACCGGAGCAUCACACUCUCUCUAUGGUCAUGGAGUGUGCAAGUGGCCAGGAUGUGAAAGUAUUUGUGACGACUUCGGACAGUUUUUGAAGCACCUUAACAGUGAACAUGCUCUGGACGACAGGAGUACCGCCCAGUGCCGAGUACAGAUGCAGGUGGUACAACAGCUAGAGAUACAGCUUUCUAAAGAACGUGAGCGUCUUCAGGCGAUGAUGGCACACUUGCACAUGAGGCCCUCAGAGCCCAAACCAUCACCAAAACCGCUGAAUCUCGUCUCCAGCGUCACCAUGUCAAAGAACCUCCCGUCUAUCUCGCCCCCCAACUUACCUCAGACACCUACCACGCCCACCGCUCCAGUCACACCCCUUUCCCAGAUGCCCCAGGUGCCCAACGUCCUGAGUCCCGCCAAUGUACCCAGCAUGGGUGCCAUGCGCAGACGCCACACCGACAAAUACUCCAUGGCCUUGUCCUCAGCUGAGAUUGCCCCAAACUACGAGUUUUACAAGAACGCCGACGUCAGGCCGCCGUUUACUUAUGCAACCCUCAUCAGGCAGGCUAUCAUGGAGUCAGGUGACAUGCAGCUAACGCUCAACGAAAUCUACAGCUGGUUCACGCGCACCUUCGCCUACUUCAGACGCAACGCCGCCACCUGGAAGAACGCAGUGCGACACAACCUCAGUCUGCACAAGUGUUUCGUCCGGGUGGAGAACGUAAAGGGUGCCGUGUGGACCGUGGACGAAAUGGAAUAUCAGAAACGCAGAUCUCAGAAGAUAACAGGGAGUCCAACGCUGGUCAAGAACCUGCCAUCCAGUCUGGGUUAUGGGGCGGCUCUCAACGCCAGUUUACAGGCUGCGUUGGCGGAGACCUCUUUGCCGUUGCUGGGUAAUCCAGGCUUGAUGAAUAGCGCGUCAGGUAUGAUGGGGGCGAGUCCUCCAGGACUGAUGAGCGGCAGCCCUACCGGCCUAUUACAGGGCAGCAUGCAUGAAGAUCUCAACGGCACACUAGAUCACCUGGACACUAACGGACACAGCAGUCCCGGAUACUCCCCACAGACCCAACUGCCUCCAAUUCACGUCAAGGAGGAGCCACUAAACAUGGACGACGAGGACUGUCCGAUGUCACUGGUGACCACAGCCAAUCACAGUCCUGAGCUGGAUGAUGACCGGGAGCUUGAGGAGGGCAACCUAUCGGAGGAUCUGGAAUGACUAUUUUGCCCCACCCCUCCGCCAGGGCUCUGCCACUUUCAGGCCCCGCCCCUCAACUAAUCCACAACCACCGCGAACGCAAAAAGACUGGAAGCAGCAGGCGGGAGUAUUUAUUUAGCAUGCAUCUGGAGACUGGCCCGAAGAAAAUCCAUAGCGCAGAUCUUUAGGGACCACAGAUGGACAGACAUGAGACGUCUGCUGUUUAAAAACAAACAUAAAAGGAAGAACAAAAGGACAAGAUUUCAUUUGAAUCAGCUCGGCCACCUCACACAACAAACACGAGGCUCACGGACCGAAAAAAGACAGAAGUGAAACGGGAGCAAGUCCUUUUUUUGUAGAAAGCCAACGGCCACAUAUACUGCCAAAAAAAGAAGUUUUAAGUUUGUGAAUAUCCAAGCCACAGUAGUCGUCAGUGUUAGAUGCAAUUGCUGGUUCAAUUCAAGUUGUUGCUCUGUUAUUUUUUGCACACGAGUAGUAUCAAAAAUUAGUGUAACUGCCUGUAUGUCGACAAAAUUUUAAAAAGGGAAAAAAAGCUGUUUUUCGUUGUUGUUGUUAAUUUGUUUUUGCCCCUCCCCCCAUCAUUGUCGUUUCGUUCUUCCCGUGACGUAGCUUACAUUCAUUUCGAGUCAUGUUUACGGCACCACCAACUGUAAAUGGCAUUUCUUAAAAUCACAUCAGUAACACAACCAAGGUAUCAAGACUGUUGCAGCCAUCCAAAAAAAAAGUACACGAAGUAGGUCUCGAGUCUCACUAGCUCCGUUUCUGCUGAAAACGUGAAAUGUGCUGCUAGCACCACGCUGAGAGGAAAAACACGAAAGAAAAAGAUGCGUUUCUGCAUAUUCUUCUAGUCUCUUUACCUCCAUGUUCUAAAGCUUUGUCUACCUGCAAAGAGUCACAGGCAACAGCUAGAAACCAAAGCCAACACUAUCAACGGCCAAUAGCUUAGACAGAAGCCGCCAGCCUCUUUGGUCAGUCUUCUGUGACUUUAACUAGUACAAAGAGAAGAUUUUGUUCCACUAACUACCUUCGAAUAACCUCUGGGAUCGUCUCCUUUAGCCCUGUACAAAGAGAAAAUGAUUUUGACGUAAUUUGAUCGACAGACGGAGCACUCGCUCUGGCCUCGUGAUGUCGGUCGACCCCAAAUAAAACGGGAAGACCUCGCUUCAGCGACCAUCCCGGAGGUAGAGCGAGAGAGCAGCUAUAAAUGGAUCAUGACCAAAACAACCAUUUGUGGAAGUGCAGAAAACGUUACUUUUUUAUUCCUUCUUUUUUAUUAUUAUUAUGAUUUGCGUAAGCCAUCUUGUCAUCGUUUUUACUAGUGAAAUGUACUGUUCAUUGUGACUGUCCAACGUGUCAUGUCUUAUAUCCGUCAGUUUCUUCAGAGCCGAAACCGAAAAUAUAGUAACCAAACUUUAAGAUAUCUAGUGAAGCCAAAAAAGUCAUGAUUUCAAGUCGAUAUGAAAUGAUGUGGCUUGGUUAUAUUGUAAAAGCAAACAACAAAGCCAUGACAGGAAGAGGACGAAUCCUUUUCCAGCUGACGUUUGCUUUGCUCCAUUGAUUCAGACUCAUUGUAUAAUUCAUGGCUAUAUAGACACAGCUUGUGUUGGAUCAUGGGAAGGUUUGUGGUUAGACCAUGUAUGGUGUAUAAGUAGCAACCGGUUAUUUGAGGUGAAACACUUUGAUUUGAACGUUGCUGAUGUCAUCAAGGAAAAGCGGUUGUUGCUUUAAAGUUUGCUUCUGUUUUCAGUCAAACCAAAGUUAUACAGACUUCUGCCUCUUCUUAUACAGCGGAUGGAGAUGAAAAUAACGCAAAGCCUGUUUCCUUUUCUUCUCUCUCUCUUUCUUUGAUUGUUCUCUAAUGCAGAAAACCCAUUUGAAACGGAUAACUGCUUUGUGUUGUAACCAAUAAUGUCAAAGUUUGUCUCUCUGUGUGUGUUAAACAUACUGUGCAGUUGUUCCUGUUUCGUGCCAAACCGAAGGGUUGGCUGCUAGUUCUAGCACACCAACACACACUCUCUCUCUCUCUCUCACACAAACACACACACAC